AUGGUGUCUGAAAAGCAGCAGCCGCCUGAGGAUCUCGACUUUCUCACCUAUUCGUCCGUCCCGUCUGGGAAGUCCGAGGGUAAGACCCAUUUUAUCAUAGUUGGAGCAGGCAUUAUAGGUGUCUGUAUUGCGUAUUAUAUUACGCACCAUCCAAAAUUCGAUUCCAAAAAACAAUACAUUACUAUUUUAGAGAGCAAAAGAGUUGCAGGUGGCGCUUCGGGUAAGGCUGGUGGUCUCUUAGCCCUGUGGGCUUUCCCCCAGCAAAUUGUUCCUUUAAGUUUCAAGCUCCACCAGGACUUGGCUAAGGAGUAUAAUGGAGAAAAGGAGUGGGGCUAUCGUAGGUUGACGACUAUUAGUAUUGAGGGUGAUAUUAGUGCCAAAGGGGUUGCCAAGGCGGCGGCCGAGGCUGGCAAACAGACCGAGAAUAGUCACGUGACCUCCUCUCGUCCAGCACCAUCUCGUGGUUUGUCUCUUGCUAACAAAAAGAACUUAGACGAGGUGGAAUCCAAGUCUAACUCUACUGAUAUACCAGGAACUUUAACAUGGAUCAACUCUGGUGUCAUUAAAGAAUGGAGUAUGUUAGGAGAUGAAACGACUACCGCUCAGGUUCAUCCGUAUCAAUUUACCACGUUCUUGCUUCAAAAAUGUCUGGAAACAGGUAGCGUCGAGCUAAUUAUAGGAAAGGCAGAAGAUAUUAUUAUGGAUGAGGACUCUGGGGAAUGUGAAGGUGUCAUCUACAGACCUUCUAGUGCAAGGGCAGAGUACGAUGACUCGUCCAAUGAGAAGGUAGAACUUCUGGGAGAUAAGGUGAUAAUGUCAAUUGGUCCAUGGACCAGUAAGAUUCUUCCUGACUGUCCUAUAUCCGGUUUAAGAGCUCAUUCCAUCCUCAUAAAACCUCAACAAAUGUCUGAAAUCACUCCUCAUGCUGUGUUUACAGAGUUGAGUCUGGGUGAACACAAGUUUGUCAGUCCGGAAAUAUAUUCUCGUAAAGACGAAGUCUACGUUUGUGGAGAAGGCGAUUCCAGCGUUCUUAUUCCCGACACUACCGAUGAUGUGGAAGUUGUUACCGAGAAAUGCGAUCAGUUAUUUAACUACGUGUCUCAAAUCAGUAGUAAUUUGGCUCAUGGUCAUGUGAUGAAACGUCAGGCCUGCUAUCUACCUGUUUUGGACAUUCCUUCUUCUUCUGGUCCUUUAAUCGGAGAAACUAAUGUGGCAAACUUGAUUUUGGCAUCAGGUCAUUCUUGCUGGGGUAUCAAUAAUGCUCCUGCCACAGGUCUAUUGGUUAGCGAGAUUUUAUUGGACGGAGAGGCCAAGAGCUGCGAUAUCAGUGCCUUGAAUCCUUCGUUAUAUUUUGAUGCUUCUUUGGUUUAUGAUGAUGAUGAUGAUGACGACAUUGAUGACGACGAUGCUGAUGAUGAUAAUCACACUAAUGAUCAAGAUGAUGGUGAUGAAAGUGACGAUGAAGACGAUACUGACUAUAAGGAAAGUACAGAAGAGGAUGAAGAUGAACACACCUUUCUAUGA